AUGAAUAUUCAAGACAACCCAACUUUAACUGUGGAUGAUUUUUUUAAACUCUCAUUUGGGCUAACUCCAAUCAAAUUAGACCCAACAGAGUUUGUCACAAAUGAACUUACUGAAAAACUGUUCGCUUCACUUAUAAAAUCUUCUUUAAAAGAACAAAGUCCAACUGGAAUUUUUCGCAAUUUAUUUCUGUAUCUUGUGGACAUCAUUAGCAGAAAAAUUCCAAUCACUAGAUUAGUUAACUAUAUCCAAAAAAUUAAUAAAAAUAAUGAGUUUGAUGAUGUAUAUAAGAUUCUUCAACGUUUUGAAGAAUUUUGCACAAGUAGAGAUUUCCUUAUAGCAUUUCUUGAUAAAGUUUCCAAAAAUUCUUUUUCAAAAAUUCUCAAUACAUUAGUUGCUGCCAAUAUUCCUAUUUCGAUUUAUCUUUCAAAUGAUACACAUUCUCAAAAAGGCAUUAAAGUUCUUAAUGGAAUGCGCAUUAGUAAUUUAAAUUCUAUUGAUAUUUCUUUCUAUGCUGUAUCAGAAAAUCAUUCUUAUCUACCUCUAGCCAUCUUGGAAGUUUAUUAUGAUGAAUUAGGCUCUUCCACUCUUAGUGAUACAGCUUCUAUGAGCUUUUCUAAGAUCUUAGCUGAUAAUACCAAAAAUCUUUUAUUAGAAAAUGAUUUUGUAUUAUCAAUAGCAAAACUUAAACUUACUUGUCAUGCUAAUAUAUUUUAUGCUUCCCAUUGUGAAAAUAAAAUUAAGAAACUACGAGAUAAAACAUGUCUCAAGACUCCUGAAGAUUCAAAGAACUAUAAGACCGAAG